CACGCACCAGGUGUACUCGUCGUCGCCGUUGCCGUCGUCGCCGUCGUGGUCGUUUUCGUUUGUCUUCCGCCGUUUUGCGUUGCAAUUGUCGCCGCUCCCAGAUCGAAGCAACGACCGAACGGCGAAGACAGACGCCUAGCGCGGCACGAGGAGGACCCCGGAGGAGUGGAACCGGCACUUGGCGGUAGGUGCGACGACGUGCGGUGCGUGUUCAUGCGCGGUUCCGAUCACAGGCUAGAAACGUGUGCGCCGUACGAUGAUGCAAAUUUUCGAUUGCCUUCGUAAGAAACUCUAAAGAAAUGCCGUCCAUUAGGCUGACGGAGAAAUAAGCACAAUAUUAGAACACCUGCGACCCUUGCGAUAACGGCAUCAAAAGUGCGAUAAAUGUGUUCCACACUAAGACAAUCCACCGUGAAAGUGCCCUCCUUGCCAAUCGAGGUGGCAGCAAGUUAAAAUAACAAGAGAGCUCGAUCGCCAGUCAAGCGACGAACCUAUCAAUUCGAGAACGGGCCUCUACAGAGUUCAGUGAAGUGUGUUGGAGAGGACUCCCGCAUCCCUCGAGCCAGAAGUGCCACUAGGCAGAUUUCAGUGAGAGUGAGAAACGGGAAAGAAAAGCCAACCACCGGCCACCGGUUUGGCAAUUUGGUGCUGUGACCAUCACCAGUAGUCUGGAAGAAAAGAAGUAAAACGUUCGGGGUUGCUUCAAUUCGAGUGUUGUGUGUGUGCGCGUGUGAUUUGUAUGUGUCCCCGCCGAUGAAGAUAGUGUCUCGCGCUGCAGCAAGAUCGCGGUGAUUGGGACGAGUGAUUUGCUGCUCGUUCGUGUGAAUCCCUAUCCCCCGGCGUUCGGUUGUGCAUUGAACAUCGCCGAUGUGUAGUUUAUUGAGCAUUUAACACCCCGAAUAUAAACAUUGCCGAUCCGAGCCACAAAAUGAUGCGGCUCGGGCUCUACCUUGCAGCGUCAUGGACGUUACUGUGUACCUACAGUGCAGCGACGCCAGAUAUCCACCGCCACAUGUCCACUGCCCAGCUGCAGGAAGUAUUUCACGUCGAUCACGUCGAGCUGGUGCCACAUUACGAGCUUGUCAAGUUGACGCACCACACAAACCAACCGUCGCUGGCGAGCGUCCGGCGGAAACGUAGCAUCGAUGCUGGCACCGCAACGGGCGUGUCCUCAUCGCCAAACGGUCUCGGCGCGGUGCCGGAGGACCACCACCAGCACGUCAAAAAGGACCUCAGCAAGGUGCGUUUCAGCGAGAAGGCGAGCGAACUGACCGCGAAGCGACCGGGACCGUUCAAAUCGUCGGUGCGCACUCGGGAAGAUGCCGGUCCGGUUCCACUGGAGGCCGGCCCGAUCGUGGACGCUGCUCUGGAGCCAGCGGAGCAGCCCAGCAUAGCGGACAUCGACGAGCACCGGGUGUCGUUCGAGGCGUUCGGCGAGAACGUUAACCUGACGCUCCGGAAGACGGAAGGGUUGCUGCGGAGCGGGCCGCCGCACUCGCUGCGGAUGUGGAACGUACGGUCCGAUCCCAACUCGACGCAAGGGCUGGUCUACGAGGAGAUCCACGACGAGGACCCCGAGCCGGCCGACUCCUUCGGUGACAUCUAUCAGGACGAGGAGAAUAUGGCCGCAAUCCUCAUGCGCAAGCAUCUGGAAAGUGGAGACCUAAUGAUGGAGGGUAGUAUAGGUCAUGAACUAGUGAUAAAGCCAGUGCCAACCGAAAUCUCCCAGGAGGAGGAUGGAAGUGUUCAUCAUGUUAUUUAUAAGCGCAAGACACACAACGAAGAGCACAACGAUCAGUUUAGUGAUUAUGCAUUCAUGGAGCCGGACCGGCUGCAGAAGCGAUUUCGGUCGAAGCGCAGCCCGCAGUCGUACUACAAGAGCUCGCGGGCCAUCGAUCGAACCAUCUACCCCGAGAUCCUGGUGAUCGUCGACUACGACGGCUACCGGCUGCACGGCGGCGACAACGUGCAGGUCAAGCGCUACUUCGUUUCCUUCUGGAACGGUGUCGACCUGCGGUAUCGGCUGCUGAAGGGACCGAAGAUUCGCAUCAGCAUCGCCGGCAUCAUCAUCUCGCGGGGCCGAGACGCCACACCGUACCUGGAGCGGAAUCGGGUCGGGCGGGACGCGAUCGAUUCGGCCGCAGCCCUUACCGACAUGGGCAAGUACCUGUUCCGAGAGCGAAGGCUGCCGGUCUACGAUAUAGCGGUCGCCAUCACGAAACUAGAUAUGUGUAGAAGGCAAUAUGCAAAUGACGCGUGUAAUCGCGGUACCGCAGGAUUCGCCUACGUCGGCGGGGCGUGCGUGGUGAACAAGCGGCUGGAAAAGGUCAACAGUGUGGCCAUCAUCGAGGACACCGGUGGCUUCAGCGGUAUCAUUGUGGCCGCCCAUGAAGUUGGCCAUCUGUUGGGCGCCGUCCACGAUGGGUCGCCACCGCCGAGCUACCUCGGGGGCCCGGGCGCCGAGAAGUGUCGCUGGGAGGACGGCUACAUCAUGUCCGAUCUGCGGCACACCGAGCGAGGCUUCCGGUGGUCGCCAUGCAGUGUGCAGAGUUUCCACCAUUUCCUCAAUGGUGACACCGCCAGCUGCCUGCACAAUCCACCGCACGAGGACGAAGCGUUGGGCCGGGCCCUGCCCGGAACGCUCCUCUCGCUGGACGCCCAGUGCCGGCGGGAUCGCGGCACUUCGGCGUGCUUCAAGGACGAACGGGUCUGCGCGCAGCUGUUCUGCUUCGACUCGGCCAGCGGCUACUGCGUCGCGUACCGGCCCGCCGCCGAAGGAUCCUCCUGCGGAGACGGACAACACUGUCUCGACGGGAGAUGUGUUGCCGAGCACGAGAACAUUAUACCGGACUACUCGCAACAUACUCCGUCGUACACGCGCUACAAUCAGCAGUCUGUGAAAUAUAACUACGACGACAAGUCAGAACAGCAGGAAGAAUUGACAGAUUAUGAACCGUCUAGCACGCCAACGACCACCACCAGCACCAGCACCACGACCACCACCACGAGCACCACCACCCCAGCACCGCCACCGGUGACGUCGACGACGAGGAACUACUACCAGUACUACAAUCACAAGUCCACGAGUACCUAUCCCAUGGAUGAUGAGGAUAAGCGAUACAAAAACUUCAUGAAUGCCAUCAAACGGAAGCGAUUACAACACCUGAAGGAGCAGCUGGAGCUUCAGCAGCAACAACAGCUGCAACUGAUCAGCAACCAGCAAUGAGACUGGGCCGGGAUCGGGAGGAAGCCUUCAGAGUGACCCUAACCAACCAGCAACGAGCAGCAAAAGAAACUCCUUUCGGCCGGCACCACCAAAAAUUGGCCCGGGGCCCUUCGGCUUUAAACUCGGCACAACAACGAAUACUGCCCACACUGCUUUUUUGCCUCGUUUUUCGGCACCUAAUUCCGCAUAAUCUGUAGUCGUUUCUCUUGUAAGUCAUGGACCGUCAUCCGGGGGUUCAUUCAUGUCCCCGUCUCCACAACCCGCCGUUGGCAUCCGAAACUGCUUAUCUGUUCAGAGUGUACAUAGUUAGUGCCUUAGUCCUCUCUGCCUUAGUAUGGAUUGUUUUUACUAUUGCGCAUCAUACAAGAUUUAGUGUCUAGCGUUUCGUCUGGCCUUAGGAAAGGGAAACAGGGAGAGAGAGUGUGUGAAACAGUUCGAUAAGAGUUGUGAAACACCUGGCGAUAAAUAUAGGUGACAAACGAAAAAAAAGUUAACGUAAGCCAGACCGGGAUCGCAAAAACAAAAUCGUUGAACGAAUGUUUUGUUUUUGUGUCGCAUAAUAUUAGAGUCGCGUUUUUUCUUCUCGUACCGCGUAGCGUAGUGUUCGGGUGUGGUCGGAUCGGCCACCACACGCGAUCCCAAAGCGAUCCCCCGAAUGUGCGGGAUGUGCUCGAUGGGAAAAGAACGAUAAGAAACCCCACGAUUUAGGUAGUGAACUAUGCAAAACAAGAUAAAACGCCCGAUGUCCGAUUCAUUAGAGAAGACGCAAGCAAAACAAUCGCACAGACGAUCGGGGCGAGCUCGGUGCUUCGGAGCACCGCGACCACCUGUGUAGAGUUUUAAUUUAUUGGAUUUAAGUUAUAGAACGUAGUAGAACUGCGACGGCUUUUAUGUUUCGAUGUCGAUGUCGGGGGCCGUUGAUAUAUAUAUUUUUUACAUAAAAAAACGUUGGCCGAAACGCAAAUCGUUGACCGCGGCGCGAUCGGCUGCUACUCGAUCGGCAACUAGGAGCUAGUAAAUAGUAAACGAAGCAACAACAACAACGAAGCAACGGCGACAAAGCAUCGGUGUGAUGACAGUGUGAGGCAGGAGAGCAUAGGCAUUAGGGGUUUGAAAGAAAGAGAAAAAAAUCAAUAACGGGAUGGCCACGUGCCACCCAACGGCGAAAUGAUUUGCGAUAUUUGCAUGCAACACCGGUAAACAUCGGCACGGGAGCGAUAUGCGUACGAUGGGGCGCAGGAAGAACAGAUUCAGCCGAUUACGAUGCAGAUGUAUUUCGUUUAUGUAUUUUGUAAAGUGAACAUCUUAAUAAAACAAACA